AUGACAGUGUUUCUUUUGAAAACAGCCCUAAAGGAUAUAUUCUCCGAAAAGUUCGUCCUCGCGCCCGGCCAAUCUGCCUACGAGAAACUCAAUGACUCCCACAGCUCAGCUACAGAGAGCGAAUUUGAACCAGGAUGCAUCUUCUGUCCGCGAAACACCACAGACGUAUCGCGCUUCCUGAGCAUCGUCAAGCCUUUCACUGAUCGAGAGGAAAUCAGGUUCGCAGUACGGAGUGGAGGUCAACAGACAACACACGCAUGUGCGAAUCUCGAUAACGGGAUCAUGGUCGAUCUGAAAUUACUCCAGGGAAUUGAGCUUCGGGGAGAAGUUGUAAGGAUCAAGGCCGGGGAGCGAUGGGGAAAUGUAUAUAAUUUCCUAGCGAGCCAUGGGUUAGCGGUUGCGGGACCGCUUUCGACGGAGAGUGGGAUUGGGGGUGUUGCGUUAGGUGGUGGAUUAUCACUCUUCUCAUCCCGCGAAGGCUUCGUCUGCGACAAUGUCGUCAAUUUCCAAGUUGUGCUCGCCAACGGGACAAUUGUGAAUGCCAAUCCGAAAACCAAUUCCGAUCUCUGGGAGGCUCUACGCGGCGGAGGCAACAACUUUGGAAUCGUCACUCGGUAUGAUAUGCGGACAUUUCCUCAGGGCUCUUUAUUUGGAGGGAGCCUGUGGUAUGAGUGCUGCGGGUUCCCACUUCAGAUUAAAGCGUUGAUGAAGGUCCUACACACGUCGCAGCAUAUGAGCGAUAUGUAUCUGCGAGCGACCAUAGUGUAUCAACGUGAAUGGGGAUAUCUGUGUGAGAAUAAAUUGUACUAUACUCGUGCUAGAGCGCUUCCAAAAGCCCUCCGACCGUUCAUGGAAAUGUCGUAUGAGGUGCAAGAGUUGCGGAGCGUGGGGAUGGUAUCGGUUCCGGAAGCUGUGGCGUCUGUGCAGCAGCGUCAGAGUCCGGGUCCUGGUGUGGAGAUGGAGAGUUGGAGUCAGAAACCAGAUGUGAAGAAAAGGGAUCGGAGGCAGACGAGGUGUGCGUAUAUGAACACGACAGUGAAGGCAGAUGAGGACACACUGUUGAAGAUAUUUCGUGAGUUCUUUGAGGUGGUGGAUCCGGUGAGGUUCACGAAGGGACUGCGGCUGUCGAUGUCGUUCCAGCCGUAUCCUGUGUCGUUGAUGAGAAAGUCGAAGGAAUUGGGAGGGAAUGUCUUGGGGUUGCAUCGGGGGGAUGGGCCGUUGAUAGGGAUAUUGCUGCUGGCAUAUUGGGAUAAUAAGGAGCAAGAUGGAGUGGUACUGGAUUCAAUGAAGUUGUUGCUAGGGAGGAUUGAGGACAAGGCUGUUUCGCGUGGGACGGGGUCUCGUUUUAAACUGAUGAACUAUUCAUCUGACUUUCAAGAUCCAAUUGGAUCUUACGGGCCUCGAAAUAAGCAACGGCUUCAGGAGGUUAGUCGGAAGUAUGAUCCGAGUGGGAUGUUUCAAAGGGCAGUACCUGGGGGGUUCAAGUUGAUGGAUCAUUAUUGGAUGGGGGGUGACCCGUAUUUUCAGUUUCCAUAUAUUUCAUACUACCAAUGA